AUGUCGACACAACAGGAAGAGCUGAUGAAGAAAUUGGAAGCGUUCAUGAUCCAGCAAACGCAAAGCAACAAUGAUUUGAAGACAAGUACCAAUGAUUUAAAGGCGACUAUGGCAGCCUUGCAGACCAAGCAAGCAGCAAUGGAAGAGAGAUUGCAAACCCUAACCCAAAACAAAUCCAACAGACAAGAAGAAGAAGAUGAAAGCGUGGACAAGAUGUUCGAGUCUGAUAGAUUUGAUGACCCAUCGGAACAGGUGCGUGGAAGAGGACGUGGCGCCACCUUUGGUGCCAAUCCAAACAGUAAGUUUUUGUACCAAGGAGGCUUUGCUGGAAGUGGUAAGGGUUUGAUCCAGGAAGGAGCAGGAAGAGGAUCAAGCAAGGCUUUUGAAUCAUGGCGGACAGGUGAACACCAACCUUUCAAACACCAUUGGGACUCCUUCAAACCAGAAGGGUCAAACAGAAUGGAUCAAGGGGCACCAAAAAACUGGGAAGAGACGGAAGAUAUGGGAUACCGUAGGGGAAGAGUACCGAGAUUCGCCAAGAUGGAGUUUCCCACCUAUGAUGGGAAGGGUAAUCCAGUCGAAUGGCUUCAAAGAUGUGAAGACUUCUUUGAAGAACAACAGACCCCUACUGAAGCUUGGGUUAGGCAGGCCACCUUUUCACUACAAGGUCGGGCUAGUGGGUGGUACCAUAACCUGCGAAGAAUGAAGACCCGUUUGAAUUGGUUUGAGUUCUCAAAAGAGUGCAAAAUCAGAUUUGGACCCCCGAUGAGCAUGAACCCGUUAGGCGAGUUAACUCGAUUAAGGCAAACAGGUACGGUAGAGGACUAUUGUGAAGGCUUUGAGUUGCUGCUAGGGCGAACGACGGGUGUGACUCCGGAGCAAAGCAUUUGGCAUUUUUGUGCAGGAAGCAAAAACCGAGAGUCAGCAGGUGGUGGAGCCGGAACAGUGAAAUCUGAAGUGCGGAACCCGACUUUGAAACGCCUUACGGCUACAGAGAUGGCAGAAAGGCGAGCAAAAGGAUUAUGCUUUAACUGUGAUGAGAUGUUCUCGAUUGGCCAUAAGUGUGCGAAACUGUUUGGUAUCAUGUUGAAGGAUGAAGAAGAUGUUACUUGGGAUGAUCGUGCUGUUUUUACCAACACGUACCCAGGUUUUGAGCUUGCGGACAAGCUCAAUGCAAAGGAAGGGAGUAAUGUUAUGAAUCAUACUUGA